GGGUUCCAACAAUGUGAUGCGUUAUUAAGGGCAAGUAGACAAGACUGUGCCACGUGUUGUAAUGGUACUGACUAUUGUAACUAUAACGCUUGUGAUAACUGGACAGGUACCUCCCAGGCAACCACAGUCAACAAACCAACAAUGACGUCAGUAACACCCUCAACAACUGCUGCGUCUCAUAGUACAUCAACUUCCGGUCCAAACACUUCCGGUGCACAACUUGUCCUCGACGGACCUAAUUCUAGCACGUAUAAAAGUCGGGUAGAGCUGAAAUGUAUAAGUCUACCCACUGCUCAGCGUUACAUAUGGAAAUAUAAUCACUCUACGUCUCUACCAUCCGGUGUCAGCAUAGAAAAAGAAAUAGUAAUAAGUCCGCUUGCUGGAGAAGAUAAACUUGUAAUUGCCGAACUUGAUGAGUCCAAGGUUGGCGUGUAUUCUUGCGAAGCAAUAAUUAAUGGCCAAACCAUAGAAAAGACACAUUUUAUAGCCAUAACAAAAGAGAAACCGACGGCACAUAUUGUUAAAACGUUUAUACCUCCGUACUUUGCUUUGGUUUGUACCACCACUGGGUAUCCACCGCCACAGAUCGGAUGGACAUUCGUUAAAGCUGGCUCUAGUACAGGCUCAGUGGGACUUCCGGGCGAUGCUGACGUCACACGUAAAGGGCUCGUCUCCAUAGUAGCGGUCGAUCACUAUAAGUCGGCGUCUCAUGACGGCUCCUGGUAUUGUGCUGCCACCAACAGCCUUGGUGACGUCAUAACUGAAACUGAUAUUCCCUAGGUUAAGGUUAAGUUCAUCCGAUACCUGCAAAGAAAUUUAAAAUUGUUACGUGUAUUUUGUUCAGAUAAAAAGUUCAGACCAGUUAAACUUUUGUUGUUUUAUGUU